CGGAAGGGCCCUUCCGGACAGUGCCUAAGGCCAUGUGGGCUUCUUUGCGCUGACCUUGGAGAGUGGGCCUGGGGGUGAGGGUGUACUUUAGCAGCAGAAGGGGAGGUGUCCUGUCAUGGCUGUGAGAUGGUAACGCAGAGGGGCACAUAGAAGCAGUCUGGCAGGAGCUUUGAGAGGCAGCAAAAGUGGUUGGGGCUCUUUGCUUCCCACCUGGGUGCUCCUAUGCAGGUCACUGACUACUGUAGGAGGUAACCUGGGCAUCAGGCCCACCGAAGCACCUUCAAGGAGGGGCUGGUACUGUGCUAAUGUGCAUCCAGGAAGCUGAGGCUCAGUGGAGAAAGGGUGCAGUCAGAUCUUCCUACAGUUCUGUGGGGACCCUGAGCCCAAGAUGCACCAUCAUCCAAGGGUCUUGAGGGCCACGGGGGGCGGAGGUUGAAGAGCAGGGCUGGGACAGGGUCAGAUUAAGGACAUAGAAAAGCCAAUAUUGAAGGUGGCCCACUGGCGGGCCUCUGGCCCUGGGUGGGUGAGAACAGGGACAGGGCCUGAAGGGGACCCUUGCCCGAUUUCUCUGGGUAGUGAUGCCAGCCACCUAUUGCUGGGCCUUGAGUCCCAAGUCAGUCUGGGGGGGGGGGUCAGUGGUGACAAAAGGAGAUAUUGGCCACCCCCCACCUGGGGUCAGAGCCCAGGAGCCUCUGUUGAGGCCUUUUCUUUGCUCCCUUAUCUGGAAAGGCUGGGGGUGUGGGGUGGGGGGUGGGGACUGUCCUCCCAUCCCAGCCUGAAACUAAGGUCCAUGUGAUAACACAGCCCCCUUUUAACUGCUCACUGUUUGGGGACUACAUGGGGGAAUCAGAUAGGGAGGGGGCCCAAAAGCUCUGCUCAAGGCCCUAUUAUUGGCAGGAAUUUCCACAGGACCCUCCUUACCCCAGCAGGCCACAGGUCAGAUACACAAUGGGGCUGCUUACUUGGGCCAGGGGGAGCAACCUGUAGGCCCCCACCAUCCUUAGUGUAGCUUUGUAGGCAGUGUCCAGGAAGCUGGCUCUCCUCGUGUGUGCGCAACAUGGCCUCGACUGGGAGUCUCCUUAGGAGCCCCCCCCUCACAUCACCCUGGGCUCCAGCCCCUCUGCAAGCUCCCCUCCACCCUCCAGGCUUGGCCUCGGGAAGUAUGAUGCCUGGGUGGGCUGGGGUGGGCCCCAGAGGAAGGAGCCGCUUGACUCAGAGUUACAGGAAGAAGCAAUGCAGGCGGGGCAGGCGGGGUGAGAACUACCAACUGCCCGCCUGCCUGGGAUGGGGGUGGCUGCCUGGGUGGGGUUUAGGUCUAGGAGAGGAUGUGACUGCAAAGCCAGGAAGCUACAGGGAAAGUUCUGAUUAAAACACACACAAACAAAAGACAGGUCCUCACUGUGCUUGGUGAUGUGUCCUGGCCGCAGACCGGGUUGGGGGCCCAGCUGAGCAGAGAGUUUGCUCCCAAGCACACGUCAAUGACCUCAAUGACCGACAUUCCCCACCAGGAGGAAAGAGCCGGAACCAGCCUUUGACCCGUCCUGGUGCCCUGACUGACCGGCCACAAAGACAGAGAGUGAGUCUUACCCACCCCCUGGGGGACCAGUCUGCUCAGCCAAGGAGCCCCGUGGAGCCGGGGGGUGGCACCAGUGCCCAGCCUGCCUCGAGGAGGCCCCGGCCAGACCAUGGCAGGCCUCUGUGACAGGGCCCCUGCCUUCCUCUCCCCCACUGGAAACCAGGCCCUGGGGCCCACCCUGGGCAGUAUAGUGGCUCUGAACUGCACGGCCUGGGUGGUCUCUGGGCCCCACUGUCCCCUGCCCUCAGUCCAGUGGCUGAAAGACAGGCUGCCGCUGGGCGAUGGGAGCCACUAUGACCUCCGUGAAGACUCCUGGGUCAAGGACAACUUAUCAGAGGUGCUUGUGUCCAGUGUUCUGGGGGUCAACCUGACCCGUGCUGAGGACUAUGGGGCCUUCACCUGCUCCAUCCGGAAUGUCAGCUCCUCUUCCUUCACUCUUUGGAGAGCUGGCCCAGCAGGCCACGUGGCCGCGGUGCUGAUCUCACUGCUGGUGCUGCUGGCCCUGCUCCUGGCGGCCCUGCUCUACGUGAAGUGUCGCCUCAGUGUGCUUCGCUGGUACCAAGACGCCUGCGGGGAGGUGGAGAUGAACGACGGGAAGCUCUACGACGCCUACGUCUCCUAUAGCGACAGCCCCGAGGACCGGAAGUUCGUGAACUUCAUCCUGAAACCGCACCUAGAGCGGCGUCGGGGCUACAAGCUCUUCCUGGAUGACCGCGACCUUCUGCCGCGCGCGGGUACCGCGGGCCCCGCCCCCGUCCCGAGACCGGGCCCCGCCCUCCCAUGGCCCCGCCCCAUCUAGCUCCGGGUCCCGCCCCGUUCUGGGCCCGGGCCCCGCCCUCCC